AGGCAUCAUUCAACCAAUAAAAUGUAUGCUGGCCAAAGAGGUGUCAUAAAGAAGAAGCUGAUAAAUUUGAAAAAUUUCGUCUUCAACAUCAGACCAUACAAGAAAUCAGAAAAUGGUCGGAAAAUCCCAAUAUCCAUUAAGAAAGAGUAUGAUCACUCGGAGUAUCUGACUCUAGAUCAUAAAGGUGGAGAAUUAUUACUAGACGAAAGAUACAAACAACCAUAUCUGAAUAAUGACAUCACGUCAGCAAGAUAUUCACCUUACACAUUUUUACCUCGUCAAUUAUAUGCCCAAUUUUCCAAAAUUGCCAACAUUUACUUUCUAACAGUUGCCAUUUUACAAAUGAUCCCAUCAUGGUCAACGACCGGUACAUAUACUACUAUUAUUCCAUUACUUAUUUUCAUUUCAAUUUCAAUUCUGAGGGAGGGUUAUGAUGAUUGGAGAAGACAUUUACAAGAUAACAAAGAAAACAAUCAAUAUUCUAGAUUAUUACAGCAUAAAAGUUGUCAGAGAGACCUACACUACAAAGACACAGAGUCAUUAUAUUCCUUGUCAAGAACAGCCAGUCAAAAUUCAGUUUCUAGACUGGAUCCAGAUGAGUAUGAACAAGUCUAUAAUGAAGACCUCUUAAAUCAACCAAAUACUUUUACUAAGGAAAAUUACUUGAAACAAAUGGAUAUAAUGAUUUCCAAAGUCAAAUGGAAAGAUAUCAAAGUUGGAGAUAUCAUCCAGUUAAAGCAAGAUGAACCUGUUCCAGCUGAUAUAUUUGUUUUAACAUCGGAUGGUUCAAACGAAAAUGAAGUUUUCAUUGAAACUAUGGAUUUAGAUGGUGAAACAAAUCUGAAAUCAAGGAUCCCACAUCGUAAAAUCUCUAGUGUUAUGAAUUCUGCCAUUGGGCUAAGAGAUUUCAAAGCUGGUAUAACAAUUGAAGAUCCAAAUUCUGAUUUAUACAACUUUGAAGGUAACGUUAAGAUUGAUGGAAAUACUUAUCCUUUGGGACCUGAAAAUGUCAUAUAUAGGGGUUCAAUCAUUAGAAACACCAAAAAUUUGAUUGGGUUAGUUAUUUUCACUGGUGAAGAAUCAAAGAUUAGAAUGAAUGCUAUCAAAAAUCCAAGAAUCAAAGCUCCAAAAUUGCAAAGAUAUAUCAAUAUGAUUGUUGGUUUUAUGGUUUUGGUUGUGUUAUCACUGUCGUUAUUUUCAUUUAUGGCUCAACGUUUGAAUUUGAAGAGUCAUUGGGAUACCUCUUGGUAUCUAUACAAUCAAGAAGCUGGUGUGGCACCAACGGUUAUGUCGUUUAUCAUUAUGUACAACACUUUGAUUCCGUUAUCAUUAUAUGUUACAACUGAAAUCAUUAAGGCAGUUCAAGCUGGAUUUUUACAUUGGGAUAUAGAUAUGUACCAUGAACCUUCAAAUACUCCUUGUGAAGCAAGAACGGCUACAAUCUUGGAAGAAUUAGGUCAAGUGAGCUAUGUUUUCAGUGAUAAGACUGGGACUUUAACAGAUAACUUGAUGAUUUUUAGAAAGUUUUCAGUCGCAGGUACAUCAUGGACCCAUGAGAUUGAUGAAGAGACUGACAACACCAAAGUUACUACUACAUCCAAUGAAUCAACUAGUGGUGAUGAAGAUAUGAAUUUUGCUCCAGUCAGAUCAAGGCCAUCAGUUGACAUUAGAAAAAGUAAUACAGUUUACACUGGAAGACCAAGUUUAGCAAGUGCUUUAACCUCAAAUACUUCAAAGAGCAAAACAAAGAAAGAAACUUUCAAGACAUCAUUAGAUUUGUUGAAACAUAUUCAAAGAAACCCUCAUUCGUUGUUUUCUAAAAAAGCUAAAUUCUUCAUUUUGUCUUUGGCAUUGUGUCAUACUUGUUUACCAAAACCUGUUUCUGACGAUGAUGAGGAAGAUAUUGAGUAUCAAGCAUCCUCCCCUGAUGAAUUGGCAUUGGUUGUUGCAGCACGGGAUAUGGGAUAUGUGGUUUUUGGUAAAAAUCAUAAGGAUUUGACAAUCAGAACAUAUCCAGAGGGUUUAGAUGGUGAUCCUUUCGAUGAAGUUUAUCAAACCUUGGAUGUUGUUGAAUUUUCAUCUGCUAGGAAAAGAAUGUCCAUUAUCGUUAAGUUCCCAGAUGAUCGUAUUUGUUUGAUUUGCAAAGGUGCUGAUAAUAUUAUUAUGGAAAGAUUAAAAAACUCUGAUAUGGUUACUACCAAGCAGCAAGAACUCUAUAGAAACACCAGUGUCAGAAAGGCUAAUGAAGCUCAAGUGAUCCUUCAACAACGUCAAUCUAUGGAUGUUCCAAGAAAGUCUGUUCAGUUUUCAAGACCCUCAAUAAGUGCUGCCUCUGUCAAUUCAAAUGUUACUUCGAUUGAUGAUUUCCUACACAAUGUCAAGAGAGAUGAAGAUGAAAUUGAUGAUGUUGUCAAUGAAGCAAGAAAAUCUUUAAACUUGCAACAAAAGCAGAAGUAUAAUAUUGACUCGGUCGGUGAUUAUCUAGGAAAUGAUAAGUUGGUUCUGAAUGAAGAAUAUGUCAUUGAAAGAACAUUACAGCACAUUGAAGAAUUCUCUACUGAUGGGUUGAGAACAUUACUGUACGGUUAUAGAUGGUUAGAUAAGCAAGAGUAUGAAAAAUGGUCUUUAGAUUAUGCAAGUGCUAAAACUUCACUGUCUGACCGUGCAAAGAAAAUAGAACAAGUUGGAUGUCAAUUGGAGAACAACUUGGAACUUGGUGGUGCUACGGCUAUUGAAGACAAGUUGCAAGAUGGUGUUGCUGACACAAUAGAGAAAUUAAGAAGAGCUGGUAUCAAGUUAUGGAUGUUAACGGGUGAUAAAAGAGAAACAGCUAUCAAUAUUGGUUAUUCCUGUAAAUUGAUUAAAGAUUACUCCACACUUGUGAUUUUAGACUCCAAUGAUGAAGAUGUUAUUGCCAAAAUGAAUGCAGCAGAAUUAGAAAUCAAAGCAGGUAAUGUGGCUCAUUGUGUUGUUGUCAUUGAUGGUGCAACUUUAGCAGAUUUUGAAUCGGACCCUUCGAUUCUUUCAAUUUUCGUUACACUUUGUACAAAAACAGAUUCUGUCAUUUGUUGCAGAGCAAGCCCUUCUCAAAAAGCCAUGAUGGUUUCAAGUAUCAGAAACUUGAAUAAAAGUUUGGUCACCUUAGCUAUUGGUGAUGGUGCAAAUGAUAUUGCCAUGAUUCAAAGUGCUGAUAUCGGUAUUGGUAUUACAGGUAAAGAAGGUUUACAAGCAGCAAGAACUUCAGAUUACUCAAUUGCACAGUUCAGAUUUUUACAAAAACUAUUAUUAGUUCAUGGAAGAUACAACUAUGUUAGAACUUCAAAGUUUGUGUUAUCAACAUUUUACAAAGAAUUACUGUUUUAUUUGACUCAGGCCAUUUUUCAAAGAAACACCAUGUUUACAGGUACUUCUCUAUAUGAGCCAUGGUCGUUGUCAAUGUUCAAUACUUUGUUCACAUCGUUACCGGUGUUGUGCAUUGGUAUGUUUGAAAAAGAUUUGAAACCUGCAACAUUACUUGCAGUCCCAGAACUUUAUGCAAAAGGUCGUUUAAACCAAGCCUUCAACUUGAGAAUUUUCAUUGGGUGGAUGGUUGUUGCUGCUUCAACGUCGGUGUUGAUCUGUUUUACGAGUUGGUAUUUAUGGGGAUAUACAGCUCUUAUUGAUAACUCAUUAUACCCAUGUGGUGUCUUAACGUUCACUGCUAUUGUUUUCACUAUCAACAUUAAGUUGCAAUUUUUGGAGCAACAUGAUAGAACUUCCAUGAAUCUUGCCUCGGCAUUGAUUUCUUGUCUGGGAUGGCUUUUAUGGUGUUGUUUAUUACCUGGUCUGUACAAGCCUGAAACAAGUAAAAUUUAUGGUGUUUUGAAAGGUCUUUAUCAUGGUUUUGGAUCUGAUGUUACUUGGUGGGCUAGUUUGUUGAUUAUUGUUUCGAUGCCUUUACUUUAUGAUAUUAUUUUGCAAGUAUUGAGAAAUUGGUUUUUUCCUACAGAUUCAGAUGUUUUCAGAGUUCUUGAGAAACGCACUGAAAUUCGCAGAAAGAUUGAAAUUGAAGCGUACGAUCAAAUGCAUCAAGGCUGGAGCUGGUCCAAGGAUGAAUCAAGU